AUGAUCGUAUUUAUCAAAUUUACAAUUUUUCUUUCGUUAAUUAUUCAAUCAGUUACUACUUUACAAAUAUUUCACACACCAACAACGACUACUUCAAUUGAAUCCAGUGAUAUUCAUUUUACAAACUUUCCAGGUUAUUUUGCAUUAGGUGUGAAACAUGAAUCUGGUCCGUUUGAUAAAUUAAAUUUAGUGAAGGAUGAAAAUGGUCAAUUAAUUUAUACAAAUACUCAUCCAUACGUAAUUAAAGAUGCUAAUUUACCAAAGAAUAUAGAUUCAAAUUAUCUUGGAAGUUUUGGAGUUUUUAGAUAUCCAUUUUUAAAAAUUGAUAAGAAUUAUAAUACAAGUUUCUUUAGAUUGAAAAAUGGUAUUUUGAAAAAUUUGAAUAAUGAGAUAAUUUCAACACUGGUGAUUAAGUAUUCAAUUGUUUAUAAAGAUAAAGUUUGGUUAUUGGCUUUAAAUGGAAGUACUGAAUUUUGGCAUUCAAAGAGAGAUGAAAAGGUUUAUGAAAUUUACAAUAGUCAAGUAUUACCAUCUUUCAAACCUAUUAAUUUGGUACUUAUUGUAGCUACGAGUUAUUCAACACAUAGAUGGUAA